CGUGCCGCCCUAGCCCUGCGGACCCACGUGUGGAGCUGCCGGCCGGUACCGGGGAGCCGCGGUUCGGCUGCCGCGGGUCCGGAAAGGGUGUCCCUGCCUCAUCAUGCCUCACAGAAAGAAAAAGCCCUUUAUAGAGAAGAAGAAAGCUGUGUCUUUUCACCUGGUCCACCGGAGCCAGCGAGAUCCUUUAGCAGCAGAUGAAACUGCACCCCAGAGAGUUCUCUUGCCUACACAAAAGGUAAAUGAUGAAGAAAGACGAGCGGAGCAGAGGAAGUAUGGCGUGUUCUUCGACGAUGAUUACGAUUACUUGCAGCACCUGAAGGAGCCCUCUGGGCCCGCAGAGCUUAUCCCCAGCUCUGCCUUCGCCAUAUCCUCCUUCGACAAGAAAGAAGACACCUCCGUAUUUUCAAGCACUGGGAUUAAGUUGCCUUCGUCAGUGUUUGCAUCCGAGUUUGAGGAAGAUGUUGGAUUGUUAAACAAAGCAGCUCCAGUUUCAGGACCUCGACUGGAUUUUGAUCCAGACAUCGUUGCAGCUCUUGAUGAUGAUUUUGACUUUGAUGACCCAGAAAACCUCCUUGAAGAUGACUUUAUUCUUCAGGCCAACAAGCCGACGGGAGGAGAGGGGAUGGAUACGGAGUCUGAAGGAGACGAUGGCAAUGAGUGGGAAGACAUGGACGACGAGGACGGGAGCGAUGUUGGGAGUUCUGCAGGCCUUCUGUCAGAUGGAGGUGACCUGUCUGCCCCUGGCUCACCUCGGGAAGCCAUGAAAAAGCACCUGUUUUGGGAAGAGGAAACCAAAAGCCGUUUCACAGAGUACUCCAUGACCUCUUCAGUCAUGAGGAGGAAUGAACAGCUUACUCUACACGAUGAGAGGUUUGAGAAGUUUUAUGAACAGUAUGAUGAUGUUGAAAUUGGAGCUCUGGAUAAUGCGGAAUUGGAAGGUGCCAUUCAAGUCGACAGCAAUCGGCUGCAGGAGGUUUUGAAUGACUACUACAAGGAGAAGGCAGAGAAUUGUGUAAAAUUGAAUACUCUUGAGCCUUUUGAGGAUCAAGAUUUGCCAACAAAUGAGCUUGAUGAGUCUGAAAAGGAAGAGACCAUUACUGUAGUUCUUGAGGAAGCCAAAGAGAAGUGGGAUUGUGAAUCCAUUUGCAGUACAUACUCCAAUUUAUACAACCACCCACAGCUCAUCAAAUAUGAACCAAAGCCCAAACAAAUCCACCUGUCUUCUAAGACGGGAAUACCUCUCAAUGUCUUACCUAAGAAAGGCCUCACGGCAAAGCAGGUUGAACGGAUGCAGAUGAUCAAUGGCAGUGACCUACCCAAGGUGUCCACCCAGCCCCGUUCCAAAAAUGAGAGCAAAGAGGAUAAAAGAGCCAGGAAGCAAGCCAUAAAAGAGGAGCGGAAGGAACGAAGAGUUGAAAAGAAAGCUAACCAGCUAGCAUUCAAACUGGAGAAAAGAAGACAAGAAAAGGAGCUACUGAACUUGAAGAAAAACAUUAACAGUCUAAAGCUGUAGGUGUGGGACAUUCAUAUAAGUUAUAUUUCCAUGUCAGCAGUCUUAGUUAUGCUCUGUAAUUCACCAGGAUCUGAAGAGGGGUGAGGUUGCCCCUGUCAUUUUUUAUAUGCAAAUAGCUGAGAAAAAUAGACUAUUUGUAUUUCCAUACAAGCGGUUCUGUCAGCCUACUUGUAAAUACUAUAAUGUUGUAAGUUUAAUAUUAUACACUUAUAUUUCCCCUGAAAUAAAUGACUUCAUGAAAGUCA